CCACUUGAAGCAACGCAACGAACAAAUAUGGCUGUAUUAUUAGUCUUUGUCAUACUUGUAGCAAGAAUACAUGUCCAGGUGACGGCUGAUGAUGUCGACUUCAAGCCGUGCAUUACUCAAAUGACGAACGGAUGUAGCGUACCUCUAAAUUUUCCUUUUCCAUACAAGGACGUGUUUUUACCCGCUUGUGAACGCCAUGACAUUUGUUAUCAAUGUGGCAAACAAUUUAAUUGGACGAGAGGCCAGUGCGACAAUGCCUUCAAAGCUAACAUGCUGACCAUGUGUAAAUUAAAAGAAGAAUCGAAAUACGCAGUAACCUAUGGUGGAACGUUUUGGGAGAAGUUGCGGUCAGCGUUCAAAGUGGCGACAGCUAUGGCAAGAUGGAUUCUCAUCAAGUCAGGAACUCUGGAUCAUUGUAUAAAUGGAAGUGAUGUAUAUUACAAAGGUGUGAAGGGGUUUGGACAUAACAACUUCGGAACUGGGGAUCCUAAUUUGUGUAAUUUAAAAUGUUCGAAAUUGUUAGGCGACCCAAGAAAUAUAAUUUGAACAAAA